AUGUAUCCACAUAUUCUAGUUUGUGCUCCUAGCAAUAUUGCAAUUGAACAGCUUUUAUACAAAAUUCAUGAAAACGGACUUAUAAACAAUUAUGGAAUGGCAACUUGAGCAUUAUAUAUAGUUAAAGUUAGUUGAAAGAUUCAAAAAGAAAAAGAUAAAUUGAACUAUUCCUCAACAGGUAUUGAAGCAUCUUUAUGAAUUAGAAGACCUCGCUUGAGAAAAAUUUGAAAAAGGUUUUAA